GUUUGGUCGGACUCACGGAAAGGAAAAGGGGAUGUAUAGAAGUGUUUUAGAAAAAAACAGAAAAAUAUCUUAUUAAAUCAAAUCAACUUAGGUAAACUUUUUGAUGUAAAAAUCAUGAAGGCAUUACUUAGGGAAAGUUUCUACUUAUUCUUGUUCCUGUGUUUGUAUUCAAUCCAUCAAAGCUUUGGUGCUACAGAUACAAUAACUACAACUCAUUUUCUAAAAGAUGGUGAUGAUGAUAUUACUUCACCUGGUGGAAUAUUUGAAAUGGGGUUCUUCAGUCCAGAUAAUUCGGAAAAUCGCUAUGUCGGUAUGUGGUACAAGAACGUAUCUGAUAGGACUGUGGUGUGGGUUGCCAAUAGAGAAGCUCCUUUGAGGAGUGGAUCAGGUAUCUUGAAAAUAAUUAAGUCUCGACUUGUCCUUGUUGAUGGAACUAACAAUGUUGUGUGGUCAACUAAUACCUCUAGAUUGGUUCAGAAUCCUGUCGCGCAGUUGCUAGAUUCUGGAAAUCUUGUUGUUAAAGAGGCUGGUGAUGAUAGCUCGGGGAAUUUGAUAUGGCAGAGUUUUGAUCACCCAACGGAUACGCUAUUAGCAGGCAUGAAGCUUGGGAGGAAUUUUGUAACCGGAAGAGAGGUGUACUUGUCAUCAUGGAAGAAUGAGGAGGAUCCAGCUCCCGGUGAUUAUACAUUCCAUUGUGAUCCUACUGGUUACCCACAGACUAUCGUGAAGAAGGGCUCAGAUGUUGUGUAUAGCUCUGGACCGUGGAAUGGUCGAUAUUUCAGUGGAACACAAAACUCGAGACUAGGUACUUUCUAUACAUAUGGAGUAUAUUCAAGUAAGACAGAGGUGUAUUUUUUGUAUAAGCUCACAUCUUCAGUUCUUGUGAGGUUGACAGUAAGUCAUAAUGGAAUUCUACAGAUUUGGACUUUGGAUGACAGAGAACAGGGUUGGGUGCCUUUGAUCUUAGUACCAGCAGAUAAAUGUGAGGUUUAUAAUUCAUGUGGCGCAUAUGGUAGCUGCAACAGUCAAGAUUCUCCAGUAUGUAGAUGCUUAGAUAAAUUUGUGCCCAACAAUAGUGAUGCUUGGAAGAGGGAAGAUUGGUCAGGUGGCUGUGUUCGGAAAACUAAACUAAAUUGCCUUCAUAGAGAUGUAUUUUUGAAGUAUUCGCAUAUUAAAUUGCCAGACACACGGAAUUCCUGGUCCAAUGUGACUAUGACACUAGAAGAAUGCAAGGAUAUCUGCUCAAAAAAUUGCUCUUGUAUGGCUUACUCAAAUCCUGACAUACGAGGAAGUGGAUGCUUAUUGUGGUUCGGGGAUCUGCUUGACAUUCGGAAGGGAACCAAUGGACUGCAAGAGAUCUACAUAAGAAUGGCUUCUUCUGAAUCAGAUGAUCAGGAGGAAUCGGAUGGAAAGAAAGGAAGAGUACUUUUCUGGAUUCUGCCAUUAUCAGUUGGUCUGAUUCUGGUAUUCCUUAGUCUGCUAAUCUACCAUAGAAGAAGGAAGAAGGCUUUAGAGCUAAAAAACAAAGGAAGGACAGGAUGUGGGGGCAAUUGCGCUGAAGAAUUUGAAAUACCACUGUUUGACUUAUCUACCAUAGCAAACGCUACCAAUAACUUUUCAAUUGACAGACAGAUUGGAGAGGGAGGCUAUGGACCUGUUUACAAGGGCAUACUUGAAGGAGGGGAAGUAGCUGUCAAGCGGUUAUCUAGAACUUCCACACAAGGAGAAAAUGAGUUCAAAAAUGAAGUUGUAUAUAUUGCCAAACUUCAGCACAGAAAUCUGGUGAAGAUUCUUGGCUGCUGCAUUGAAGGGGAAGAAAAAAUGUUGAUCUAUGAGUAUUUGCCGAAUGGGAGUCUUGAUUCAUUUAUAUUUGAUGACGCACAAAGCAAGGUAUUAGACUGGCCUAAGCGAUUUCACAUUAUCAAUGGUAUAGCUCGGGGACUUAUGUAUCUGCAUCAAGAUUCUCAAUUGAGAAUAAUCCACAGAGACCUGAAAGCUAACAAUAUUUUGUUAGACAAAGACAUGAAUCCAAAGAUAUCAGAUUUCGGGAUAGCAAAAAUAUGUGAAGAGAAUGACAUUGGAGCCAAGACAAACCGAGUUGUUGGAACAUAUGGGUACCUCUCACCGGAAUAUGCAUUGCACGGAAGAUACUCAGUAAAAUCAGAUGUAUUUAGCUUUGGUAUCUUAAUAUUGGAAAUUGUGAGUGGGAAAAGCAACAGAAGAUUCUCUCAUCCAGAUCACAACCUUAAUCUACUUGGACAUGCAUGGAAACUCUAUAAAGAAGGUAGGUCAACAGAACUACUUGAUGAAUACCUAGGUGAUUCUUGUUCAACAACCGAAGUGGAACGAUCAAUCUGUGUUGGUCUAUUAUGUGUCCAACAAAGUCCAGAAGACCGUCCAAAUAUGUCUUCUGCAGUUAUGAUGUUAAGCAAUGAAGGUGAAUUGCCACAGGCUAAACGGCCAGGAUUUUACAUAGAAAGAGAUGCACCAGAUGGUGAAUUAUAUGCACAGAAUACAGUGAGUGAGACCCCCAUCACAAUAUUAGCUAAAGCUCAAGUGAUGGCUUUUUUAACACUAGUUUGUUCAGUUUCUUCUUGUAAGAUUCACCGUCUGCAAACAAGUCAAAGUGUCAUCACUAUGCUACAUUUGACAUUGAAAAAAAUUGGAUCUCAAAGCAUGAAGGCAUUACUAAGGGAAAGUUUUUACUUAUCUUUGCUCCUGUGUUUGUGUUUCAUCCACCGAAGCUUUGGCGCUACAGAUACAAUAACUACAACUCAUUUUCUGAAAGAUGGUGAUGAUAAUGUUGCUUCAACUGGUGGAAUAUUCGAAAUGGGGUUCUUCAGUCCAGGUAAUUCGAAAAAUCGCUAUGUGGGUAUGUGGUAUAAGAACAUAUCUGUUAGGACAGUGGUGUGGGUUGCCAACAGAGAAGCUCCUUUGACUGGUGGAUCAGGUAUCUUGAAAAUAAUCAAGCCAGGAAUUCUUGUCCUUGUCAAUGGUACUAACCAUGUUGUGUGGUCAACUAAUACCACUAGAUCUGUGCAGAAUCCUGUAGCGCAGUUGCUAGAUUCUGGAAAUCUUAUUGUCAAAGAAGCUGGUGAUGAUAGCCCGGGGAAUUUGAUAUGGCAGAGCUUUGAUCACCCAACGGAUACGCUAUUAGCAGGCAUGAAGCUUGGUAGGAACUUUGUAACUGGCAGAGAGGUGUACUUGUCAUCAUGGAAGAAUGAGGAGGAUCCAGCUCCUGGUGAUUCUACAUAUCACUGCGAUCCUUCUGGUUACCCGCAGAAUAUCCUGAAGAAGGGGUCGGAUGUAGUAUACCGCUCUGGACCAUGGAAUGGUCGCUCUUUCAGUGGGAACCGAAACUCAAGAGAAGGUCCUUCCUAUACAUUUGGAGUAUAUUCAAGUAAGACAGAGGUGUAUUUUGGAUAUAACCUCACAACUUCAAUUAUCGUGAGGUUGACAUUAAGUCACAAUGGAGUCCUACAGGUUUGGACUUGGGGUGAUGGAGACCAAGGUUGGAUCCCUUUCCUCUUAAUACCCGCUGAUAAUUGUGAUAUGUAUAAGUUGUGUGGCGCAUAUGGCAGCUGCAACAGUCAAGAUUCUCCAGAAUGUGGAUGCUUAGACAAAUUUGUGCCCAACAAUAGUGAUGCUUGGAAGAGGAAAGACUGGUCAGGUGGCUGUGUUCGGAGAACUGAACUAAAUUGCCUCCAAGAAGAUGUAUUUUUGAAGUAUUCGCAUAUCAAAUUGCCAGACACACGGAAUUCCUGGUCCAAUGUGACUAUGACACUAGAAGAGUGCAGGAAUACCUGCUCUAAAAAUUGUUCUUGUAUGGCUUACUCCAAUUCUGACAUACUCAAUGAAGGAAGUGGAUGCUUACUGUGGUUCAAGGAUCUGCUUGACAUUCGGCAGGGACCCAACGGAGGGCAAGAUAUCUACAUUAGAAUGGCUUCUUCUGAAUCAGAUAGUCUGGAGCAAUCAGAUGGAAAGAAAAGGAAAGUACUUUUCUGGAUUCUACCAUUAUCAGUUUGUUUGAUUCUGGUAUUCCUUACUCUGCUGGUCUACCAUAGAAGAAGGAAGAAGGCUUUAGAGCUCAAAAACAAAGGAAGGUCAGGAUGCAGUGGAAAUUACAAGAUGAAUUACAACCGUGGCAAUUGCACUGAAGAAUUUGAAAUACCACUGUUCGACUUAUCUACCAUAGCAAAGGCUACCAAUAACUUUUCAAUUGACAGACAGAUUGGAGAGGGGGGCUUUGGACCUGUUUACAAGGGCAUACUUGAAGGACAGGAAAUAGCCGUCAAGCGGUUGUCUAAAACUUCUACACAAGGAGAAAAAGAGUUCAAAAAUGAAGUUUUAUAUAUUGCUAAACUUCAGCAAAGGAAUCUGGUGAAGAUUCUUGGCUGUUGCAUUGAAGGGGAAGAAAAAAUGUUGAUUUAUGAGUACUUGCCAAAUGGGAGUCUUGAUUCAUUUAUAUUUGAUGACAUACAAAGCAAGGUAUUAGACUGGCCUAAACGAUUUCACAUUAUCAAUGGCAUAGCUCGGGGACUUAUGUAUCUGCAUCAAGAUUCUCAAUUGAGGAUAAUCCACAGAGAUCUGAAAGCUAACAAUAUCUUAUUAGACAAGGACAUGAAUCCAAAGAUAUCAGACUUUGGCAUUGCAAAAAUAUGUGAUGGGAAUGACAUUGGGGACAAGACAAACCAAGUUGUUGGAACACAUGGGUACCUCUCACCGGAAUAUGCAUUGCACGGAAGAUACUCAGUAAAAUCAGAUGUAUUUAGCUUUGGUAUCUUAAUAUUGGAAAUUGUGAGUGGGAAAAGCAACAGAAGAUUCUCUCAUCCAGACCACAACCUUAAUCUACUUGGACUUGCAUGGAAACUCUAUAAAGAAGGCAGGUCAACAGAACUACUUGAUGAAUACCUAGGGAAUUCUUGUUCAACACCCGAAGUGGAACGAUCAAUCUGUGUUGGUCUAUUAUGUGUCCAACAAUGUCCAGAAGAUCGUCCAAGUAUGUCUUUUGUGGUUAUGAUGUUAAACAAUAAAGGUGUAUUGCCACAGGCUAAACGGCCAGGUUUUUACAUUGAAACAGAUGCACCGGAUGGUGAACUCUCGUCUAGCCAUACUGAGACCCCCAUCACAAUAUUGGUAGCCCGAUAAGAAAAUAUUGUUUCACUUGCUUUCAACAAGCUUGCAGUUGUAAAAAAUCUUUUCUUUUAUUCUUUGUAGAAAUGUUGUAAAAAAAUAUUUGGUAUAUCAGCUAUUUCGAACAUAUGUAAAUUUGAAAGUGUUAAUUGGCUGUUACUUCUCAA